CAUCUCUGCUUGCUUAUUUACUUGCCGCAUACUCGCGUGCCGCCGCUCCCGACGAACAUAUCGGCCGAGAUCUCUCGCGCGAUCCGACGCUGCCAUCUCCGAGAUCUUUCUCCACAAAAGAGGAGACGAAGAAGAGGACAAAGGGGGAAGACGAGGAGCGCCUCCCUCUUGCCUCGCCCUCUUCUCUGGUUCUUCCGUUCGUCAAAAGGGUCGAGGAUUGAGAGAUCCGUGGGCAAGGCGCGUAGAUCGGAGGCAGAUCGGUGCGUGAGCUAGUGCAUCGGUGUGUCAGAGGGCGAGCUUGGCGGAGGAGGAUCGACUCGUGUGUUUUAAUCAGAUCCCAACCAGCGGCUUCAUGUUAUAUUGCUUAUUGGCUGUCUCGUUUUGGCUUUGUGAGUCAGAUUGGCCUUCUGGUAUAGCUCAUCCAGGAAAUCCUUCUGCUACCGCUGAGACUGAAAGGGCACAGCAAUUAAGCUAGUAUAUUCAACUCCUCAGAAGCAAGUAACCAGUUGACUAACGGAGUUGGCAGAAGGUGCUUCGGAAGAGAAAAGAAAUGGCACCCAGCAUUAGGAAGGCUCUGGGAACUGUCAAGGACCAGACCAGCAUUGGCCUGGCCAAGGUUUCCAGUAACAUGGCCCCUGAACUCGAUGUGGCAAUCGUGAAGGCAACCAGUCAUGAUGAUGAGCCUGCUAAUGAGAAGUACCUCAGGGAGAUCCUGAGCAUGACAUCCUACUCCAGAGGUUACGUCAGUGCCUGCAUUGCUACUGUGUCAAAGCGGCUUGGUAAAACUCGUGACUGGGUCGUGGCAGUCAAGGCACUCGUGCUCGUCCAUCGUCUUCUGGUUGAUGGGGACCCUGCAUUCCAACAUGAGAUUCUCUAUGCAACCCGAAGGGGAACCCGUCUGCUUAACAUGUCUGAUUUUCGUGAUGAGGCACACUCUAAUUCCUGGGAUCACUCUGCCUUUGUUCGCACCUAUGCUCUUUAUUUGGAUCAACGUCUAGAGUGUAUGGUAUAUGAAAGGAAACAAGGUGGUGGCAACAGCCGCUCGAAUGAGUCCACAACAGAUCGCUGGAGAUCACCCCCACCAAAUCGAUCUGAUUAUGGAGAUCAUGAUCCUUAUGCCCAUGGGAAUUAUGGGAGGUCCUCAUACUCAUACCCUCCGCGUGAUGGCGGUGCUGGGUAUGAUGAACGACAGAACGGGGAAGAUAAGAAACCGCCAACACCCUUGCGGGACAUGAGGCCAGAGAGGGUGCUGGGGAGGAUGCACCAUUUUCAGCAGCUGCUUGAUCGCUUCCUUGCCUGCCGCCCCACAGGUAAUGCAAAGUUCAGCAGGAUGAUCCUCAUUGCUCUCUACCCUAUUGUCAGGGAGAGCUUCCAGCUCUAUGCUGACAUAUGCGAGAUACUAGCGGUCCUUCUUGACCGCUUCUUUGACAUGGAUUACGCUGACUGUGUCAAAUCGUUUGAGGCCUAUGCUAGUGCUGCAAAGCAGAUUGAUGAGUUAUGUACCUUCUAUGCCUGGUGCAAGGACACGGGGGUGGCCAGGUCAUCGGAGUACCCAGAGGUGCAGCGCAUUACUGAAAAGCUUCUGGAGACACUGGAAGAGUUUAUGAGGGACAGAGCAAGGAGGCCAAAGAGCCCUCCUAGAGAGGCUAUUCCUGCAGCCACGAUGGAUAGGGAACGAGAACCAGAACAAGACAUGAACAGCAUUAAAGCUCUUCCAGCACCAUCUGAUUACAAGGAAGAGGAGCCAGAGCCCGCUAAGGUUGGAGUGGAACCUGUCAAGCAGCAGCCACAGCAGCAACAAACUGACUUGGUGGAUUUAAGAGAAGAUGGCUCAUCUACUGAUGACCAGUCGAACAAGCUCGCGUUAGCCCUUUUCCAGGGCCCGGUGGCGGGCAGUGGUGCAAAUGGUUCAUGGGAGGCAUUCCCCUCAUCCAAUGGGGACUCUGGAGUGACUUCGGCAUGGCAAACACCUGCAGCAGAACCUGGAAAAGCGGACUGGGAGAUUGUCCUUGUUGAGACAACUAGUAAUCUCUCGAAGCAGCAGGCCUCGCUAGGUGGCGGUCUGGAUCCUCUACUACUCGAUGGCAUGUAUGACCAAGGGGUUGUGAGGCAGCAAGUGAAUGCACAGAUCAAUGGAGGGAGUGCAAGCAGUGUGGCCUUGCCUGUGCCUGGACGAGGCGCUGCUCCAGUGCUUGCCCUUCCGGCACCUGAUGGUACCGUGCAGACCAUUGGGCAGGACCCAUUUGUGGCAUCCCUUAGCAUUCCUCCACCUUCCUACGUUCAGAUGGCAGAUGUAGAGAAGAAACAGCAGCUGUUGGUUCAGGAGCAGGUCUUGUGGCAGCAAUAUGCCAAGGAUGGCAUGCAGGGCCAGUCCAGUUUAGCCAAGCUCAACAACAUCUUCAUUCCCAACCCUACAAUGCCGUAUGGGAUGCCAACAGCCUAUAAUCCUGCAGGUGGAUACUACUAUCCCACCUACUGAAUCUUGUUCCUUUAUCUCCCUUUGGAAUCUGUGUUUUGUUUUGUUUUGUUUUAGCUCAGUUUGUCGACUGUCGAUCGUCCCCUGAUACCAUAUGUAUAAACAAUUAUUUGGUCUAUGUAUCAAGGUUUGUGAGUGACUCAUAUGGUGGUAUAUGUUCUGUAGCUCUUGACCGAGUGAACGUUCUCGGGAGUCAUACGUCAUUGUGCUGUGCAGCUGCAAUAAGAAACUUGUGCUUAUGCUCUUGCCUA